AUGGAGAGCAUUCCAGGAGCGGAGAGCCUCCUUGACGGUCCAUUUCCGGAUAACCAGAAUUCAAAUCCGCCACAACCGGACUCUGCUUCCGAGCAGUUCUCCCAUUCCAGUCUCUCACGGUCAUCAUCUGUCGCCCAGAAAAGAAUAUCAUCACUACCUUGUGCCAAGACGGCCCGCCAUGCCAAACGCCUCACCUUGAACUUCCCUAUCAAUCCGAACGAACCUGAGACAUCCGAUCUUAUCACCUCACCCGGCUCUAUAACCCCAGUUACACAGUCUUCGACUCGUCCCUCCCCUGCUCAGCCCCCGGGAACUCCUAUGGCAUUUGAGGUCCCGGACGAUGGCUAUGACUUCCUGCGGGCCAUCGCCUCGCAGGAACGGAAGGUCAUGGAGCUACGCGAGGAGCUCACCCGAGCCGAAGCAGACCUAGUGACAAUUAAGAAGCAAUGGGCAAUGUCGGAAAAGUCUAGGAAACGGGCCGAGAUCAACCACGCGGAGCCACUCAUGCCCCUGCGGGCGCCUGAUUUCUCAACAUCCGAGGCUUCAAGUUCACAUGCCCGGGAACAGAGCAUGAGCUCAGUUACAAGCUCCACAGUGUCACAGGAACGGAUGAGCCGGGAUCUAGAUCGUCGGUCUAGCGUGCGUGCUGCUGUCGCCGCCGCACCAGGAACCAAGAUCGGGAGUAAUGGUCGGCGCGUGUUUCACGGCACACAUACACGGACGUUGUCUCUUUUGUCGCCAGUCUCCGGUCCCAGCAUGUCUUCCCGGGGAGAACUAGGUCUCUCAGAUGAACGCGUGGGUCGUACUCCGCGAUCUGCAACAUUACCAUCUGUCGAGCGCAACAAUCCAGCUUUGAUGAAUGCACAACUAGACGAGAGCCAGGUACCGGAACAUCUACUCGCACAGUGGCACAAGACCCUUCCUCCCCCUUCACGCGAGGCCUUGGUACGCACAGGCAAGCAAAUGGCAUCCGAUCUCCGCGAGGGUCUGUGGACAUUCUUGGAAGAUAUCCGACAAGCUACGGUGGGCGAAGAAGGAAUCAGCGGCACGCAAACACGAAGCUCACCAUCCAGCUCAUUGGCACCGCCACAUGGUCGCAAGCGGGAUUCGUUGGCGUCACGGAGUAGAGAACGGUUGAUGGCGGACGGCAAGCUAUCACGAUCAUCAUCGUCAUCGGGGCCAGCGGCCGAGACAAAAACUGGUAAAGACACCAAGCCGGCGGAAAUUUCCACAUCUUUCUGGAAUGAAUUCGGCAUUGAUACACCCGCUCAGAAGUCUCCGAGCGCUCCGCGCACCCCCUCCGACAACAAAGCCGCCAACCGAAACGAGGCGACCGACGAACAGCGCGAUCACCGCUCGAGUAAUUCGAUUGACGCACAGGAUGAAGAUCUCGACAACUGGGAAAGCUGGGACACGCCCCUAUCCGGGCAGAAGACGCACACGCCCUCAUCGAGCCGAUCCACAGUUGCAUCCAAACACGACCAGUCACCUAUUACACAGGGUAGCAGCCCUCGAACCAGCGCUAGCUUUGGCGAUUUGAACCCGACUUCUGCACUUAAUCCUAGUGUCUCCGAAAGUAUUCCCUGGCCUGCAAUUACCAAGCUGGCUCCUUCCAAGCUUCAACGUACUGCAUCCAAUCUGAUGGCGGAAUGGGAGCGCUCGCUGUCGCCUUCUCCGGAUCGAGCUUCCUCUUCUUCGCUCAGUCGUAAGGACAGCAAGAAGGACUAA